AUGGUCGCGAUCAUAGGCAACCCCAAAUGGAGCGAGGACCUCACCAUCCAGAUGAUAGUCGAGUACGAGAAACGAGAGUAUCUCUGGAAUCCGGUCUCCGAGCACUACAAGAACAAGAAAGUACGCGAGCAGGGCUACGUCGAGAUCAUUAACGCGCUGAACCUGGUAGACGUCACCGUUAAGGAACUGAAGAAUAAGAUAAAAAACAUACGUUCGUCGUACAGUGUCGAGCUGAAGAAAAUUCGCGCGGCGCGGAAGGCCGGCGCGCAUGCGUACCGGCCCAGCGUCACGUGGUUCGAACACGCCGACAGGUUUCUGAGGGCGAUCGUCACCCCGAGCUCUGUUGAUAAUAGCUUGUUGGAAAUAGCGAUGAGCGACGACAGCGACGCGGUCCAAGAUCUCAGCGAGCGAAAGUCGCCGGAAAAGAAAAGCCCGCGUAAACGUAGAAACUCCACCCGUUCGUCUACCCCCUACGUUUUGAAUACGCCGUCCCCCCGGCCGGGGACACCCUUCGGACUCAGUCAGACUACAUCUCCGUUUGGUAUUCUACCUGCGUCCACGACGGCGACAUUUUUGAAUCCACCUGUCGGAAUAGCGACCCCGCUCACUACCUCGCUUGCGACGAUUUACCCACUGCCGUCGAAACAGAAAAAGAAUUACGACGAGCGGAGCGAUUCUGAACCGCAGGACCUCAGUCAACAUUCCGAGAAUGGGAAUGAAAAUGAAUUCGAAAUGUUUGGAAAACUGAUCGCGAGUCAGUUGCGCAAACUGCCAUUGAGUCUCGCACUGGACACCCAAUUAAAGAUUCAGACGCUAGUGAAUGCGGCGCGAAUUCAAGCGGUUUACCAACAGUACAGCUACGCGGGCCCAUCACAAGAGGCUUUGUCUGUUCAGGCUCUAUCAAACGGAAUUCUAUCCAGUAUGUCACAGAGUACUUACUCGUCGCGAGCGGUGCUGGGAAUUCGAAACGAUUCCCCAGAUUUGCAGAGGGACUUGAAAGCUGAUUAUUCAGUCGGCUCCGAGCCUGAGGAUUAA